AUGACAUCUUUUCCAGAUGAACAUUUUGACUUAAUAUAUGAUAAUAUCAUGGAUGAUGUACAUAAAAGAAAUGAGGAUGAAGGUGUUAGUGUUGGAUUUUCAAUAUCACCAUUUGAUGAUGAACAUGCAAAUCCAUUUGCUGAUGUAGUUUCUUUUGGAAAAAAUCCACCAAAAAAUUUGGAAAAUAUAGAAAAAUUAGUGGUAUCUGCAUAUGGUGAUGAUAAAUCUAAUCAAGAUGAAUCAACUAAGUCAUGGUCUACUCCAAAUAAGCUUCAGCUUAAUGUAUCAUCUUUUCGUAGUUAUAAUAGUGGAAGGAGUCCUAUAUCAUGUUUACAGAACGUGGAAUUAGAUUAUGAUCCGUUAGGACAUUUUGAUGAUAGUUCUACGAAUUUAGAUAUUUCUAAUGAUGCUACUCAUACAUCUUUCACUUUGGGUACUUUAAAUAAAAUGUCACCUUUAGCUAGCAAAUUAAGAAGCAUUGACUUAGAUGAUAAAGAAGGUGAAAGAUCAUCUGAAUUAUCCAAAAAUAAUACGUCUAAUACUAUAGAAACAUCGUUACAUAAUGUUUGUGAAAAAAGUAAUAAACCUACAUAUACCGUUUCAGUAGGCGAUCCUCAUAUUAUUGGUGAUAUUGCGUCUGCGCAUACUGUGUAUAAAGUAACUAGUUGUGUAAUAUCUAAUACAUCUAAGUCUAUUGAAUAUGUUGUACAUAGACGUUAUCGUGAUUUUCUUUGGCUUUAUAAUUCUCUUCAUUCAAAUAACCCUGGUGUUAUUGUUCCAUCUCCUCCUGAAAAACAAGCUGUUGGUCGGUUUCAGGAAAAUUUUAUUGAGUUUAGAAGGAAUGCUUUUGAACGGAUGCUUAGAAAAAUAGUUGCGCAUCCAAUUUUGCAGAAUGAUUCAUAUGUUAAGAUAUUUUUAGAAUCUGAUACAUUUACAGUAGAUAUUAAAGUUAAGGAGAAGGUCCCUGUGCACGAGAAUAAGGGAUUUAUUAGUUCUAUUGGUGAAGCUUUUACAAAAAGUACAUUUAGUGGGAAAUUUGUAGAACAAGAUAAUUGGUUUAAUAAACAAAAGCAAAUAUUUGAUUUAUUAGAUCUUCAGUUUAAAGGAAUGUCUAAGGCUAUUGAUGCAGUUGUUAAACAAAAAAAAGAUCUUGCACAAACAAUAGGCGAUCUGAGUCUUGCUUUGUUGAAUCUAUCUAAUGUAGAAUUGGAUAAGGCUUUAUCAUUCACUUUAGUAUCUUUUUCUGAUCUUCAAGUAAGAAUAAAAGAGUUUUAUGAACGUCAAGCUCAACAUGAUAUUUUGGUUCUUGGAUGUAUGGUUGAUGAAUAUAUUAGACUUAUUGGUAGUGCUAAACAUGCAUUUUUUCUAAGGCAAAAAGCAUAUUUAAGUUGGCAAGCCGCUGAAUCUAAUUUGUUUAAAUCUCGAUCAGAAAAAAUGAAAAAUCAAACAAAGCUUAAUCAAAACUAUUCGUAUGAGCAAUCUGCAGAAAUUUCACACGUUGAAAAGCGCUGCGAGCAAUUAAAGAACGAUUUUGAUGCUAUAAGUAAUAUUUUAAAAGAAGAAAUUGAGAGAUUUGAAAUUCAAAAAAUAGAUGAUUUCCGCGGAAGUGUAGAAACAUUUUUGGAAUCAGUAAUAGAAGCACAGAAAGAGCUUAUUGAAUUAUGGGAGGCGUAUUUAGUUGAGCUGGAAAAAAAAGGUAGCGUUUAA